AUGCCCCCCACAAAACCCCUCCCGCUCCUAAUCUGCAGCAUCGGCAACCCAGGCACACAAUACGCCAACACCCUCCACAGCGCCGGCCACACUGUCCUAAACCGCCUCGCCUCACACCUCAACUAUCCUACCUUUCGAAAAGAGAAAACCUGGGGAAAUGGGCUCCUAAGUAAGGGCGAUGGCAGUCCCCACGACUGGACCCUCUGGCAAAGCACAUCCUACAUGAACGAGUCCGGCAAGGGCGUUCGGGCCGCGUACAAUACCUGGAGUAAAAGUUUGCCUAUUGGCGAGGAAGGGAGGUUGGUUAUCGUGCACGAUGAGUUGGAGAAGGCGCUCGGGAGUUUGAGUGUUAAGACGAAGCAAGGGUUGAGUGCGAGGGGGCAUAAUGGGUUGAAGAGUAUUCUUGCGCAUUGCGGGUGUGGGAUUGAGUUUGUGAGGGUGGGAGUUGGGAUUGGGAGGCCGGUUAGUCGGGAUAGUGAGGAUGUCGCCCGGUAUGUGCUGAAGAAGAUGAGCGAGGGGGAGAAGGGGGCUGUGGAGGGGUGUGUGGGGGAGUUGGUGGAGAAGCUGAGGGGGUUGGAGAAGGGUUGA